AUGCCAAGAGUGAUGAUCCCAAAGACAAAGGCAGCCAAAAUGAACAUGAAUAUGAAGCUAGCUUGCUUGAUGUUGGUGGUGGUGGUGAUGGCACAGGAAAGCACAGCCCAUCCCUGUGGUAGCACUUUCUUCUCGGCUCUCGUUCAGCUCAUCCCGUGCAGGUCAGCAGUUGCUCCCUUCAGCCCCAUCCCCCCAACCGAGGCCUGCUGUGCUUCCAUCAAAGCGCUAGGCCAACCUUGUCUCUGCGUGCUCGUUAACGGGCCUCCCAUUUCUGGGGUUGAUCGCACCAUGGCUACUCAGCUCCCGGAGAAGUGCACUGCCAACUUUGAGCCAUGUGAAACGUCCAAGUGAGAAACUUUCUGUGGAGUGCUGCUAUGAGGUCUAAUAAGUGUGUGUGGCCAAAUUGUAAUAGGUUGUUAGUUACCUUGUUUUGAAUUUUCUAGUAACUGUUGUCUUCUUCUUGUUAA